AGGCAUUACACAAACACACUCGCACGCUCAGCCUCGGAACACAUCUACAUAGACACACACACAGACAGACACACACACACACUCAUGCAUUGGCUCUCCGGCACGUUUGGUUGCGCACACUCACCACACACCACGCACACACACCCAUGACACACACACACACUUAGACAGGCACGAGGAUUCAUUGGCAGGAGCUGUCAGUUGGACUGAAGCGGUUUAAAGCUGGUGUGGUGUGUGUGUGUGGUGGGUGUUGUUUUUUCUCUGUGGAGAUCAGCUGAAGGUUUAACUCGGCAAAGCUCCCCUCUGAGGUCACAAAUGAAAGGAUCUGGAAAGAGAAAGUGAAGGAGGACUCAGAAGGAGAAAAGGAGAGCAGAAGAAGAACAACAACAGCAGAGGAGAGGAGAAACUGGAGGAGAAGAAAAUACAAGUUGUCAAGCGGAGACAUUCUCUUUUUUUCCCUUCAGUUUGGGUCACGGAUUUCUUACGUUAUUGUACUUUUUUUUGUCUCUCUCCACCCUCUUGUGAAUCCUGAGGAGAAUUGUUUGCCUUGUCACCUCAUUCAUCGGGGGAAAGAAAGCGAGGGAAAGAGAAAGAGAGUGACAGAGCAAAAGCGGUGGAGAAGAAAUAUAAAACAAGUAAGUGAAGUGAGAGUGAGGGAACGUGAAGGAGAGAAAGAGAGAAAGAGAGUUCACAUGACAUAAUGGGAGUGAAUGGGUUGCUAUGGUAACUGACAGCGGCAGGCUGACCCUGGAGAAGUGGAUGUUGAAUGGGGAGAGGGACGCCACCGUGGAGAGCCUGACAGAGUAACCCAGCGGACAGAGAGAGAGAGGGAGUUGUGCGGAGGAGAAGAAGAAGGAGGAGGAGGAGAGGAGGCCUCACAAGAGUAACCAGAGAGGAGGAGAGCCAACAGCGGAGAGACGGAGAGAGAAGGAGCAAGAAGGAAGCGUACAGAGGAGAAGAGGAGAAGAAGGAGGACCAGAGAAGAGCCUUCAGUAGCAGCAGCAGGAGGAGCAGCAGCAGCAACAGUGGGACCCGGAGUAGCAGAAGGAGUAGGAGGUGAAGGAGGAGGAGGAGGUGGUGGAGGAAGAGACGCUCAGAGCUCCAUGAUGGAGGACGGGUUCUCCAGCUACAGCAGUCUCUAUGACACCUCCUCAUUGCUGCAGUUCUGCAACGAUGACAGUGCGUCGGCGGCGAGCAGCAUGGAGGUGACGGACCGGCUGGCGUCCCUGGAGCAGCGCGUGCAGAUGCAGGAGGACGAGAUCCAGCUGCUCAAGUCAGCGCUGGCCGACGUGGUGCGCAGACUCAACGUCUCAGAGGAGCAGCAGGCCAUGCUCACCAGGAAGGGGCCCACCAAAGAUCCCCUGGGUUUGAAAAAGUCCUCAUCAGCAGACAGUUGUUCUGGCAAACCAGCUCGGCCAAUGAUGGCAGCUCUGCCCCUGAGGCCGACGGUCAACAACGGCACUGUCCUACCAAAGAAAGCCAGCGGGACCCUACCUUCCCCCUCGGGCAGCCGCAGAGACGUCUCAGCACCAGCGACCAAGAGCACUGUGAAGCGGACGAGUUCCACGGAGCACGUGGGCCCCCAGGGUCGCAAGGACAGCGGAGGAGACGCCAGGGGCAACCGCACGCGUGCCGGAUCCACCGGCAGCAACUCCAGCGGCAAGAAGGCCAGCGAGAGCAAAUUGAAGGAGCCAGUCUUCAACGCAGGGAUGCGACGUGUGACCCACUGCAAAGAGGAAGGGUAUGUGAAAAUGUAUUUGAAGGGCCGGCCCAUCACCAUGUACAUGCCCAAGGACCAGGUGGACGCCUACUCCCUGGAGGCCAAGUCUGAGCUGCCCCCCAGGAAACUCAAGCUGGACUGGGUAUAUGGCUACCGGGGCCGCGACUGCCGCUCCAACCUGUACCUGCUGCCCACGGGGGAGACGGUCUACUUCAUCGCCUCGGUGGUGGUGCUCUACAACGUGGACGAGCAGCUGCAGAGGCACUACACCGGACACACAGACGACAUCAAGUGCCUGGCUGUCCAUCCUGAUAAAAUCACCAUAGCGACAGGUCAAGUGGCUGGCACCUCUACAGAUGGCAAACAGCUGGCCCCUCAUGUGAGGAUCUGGGACUCUGUGAGCCUCAACACCCUCCACGUACUGGGCACAGGCUUCUUCGACCGAGCACUCGUCUGCCUGGCCUUCUCCAAAUCGAACGGAGGGAGCUCGUUAUGUGUGGUGGACGACUCCAAUGACCAUGUUUUGUCGGUGUGGGACUGGCAAAGAGAAGAGAGGCUGGCAGAGGUUAAGUGCUCCAACGAGUCUGUGUUUGCUGCAGACUUCCAUCCCACGGACGCAAACAGCAUUGUGACGUGUGGCAAGUCCCACCUGUAUUUCUGGACACUGGACAGGGGGACGCUUGUCAAGAAGCAAGGACUCUUUGAGAAACAAGAGAAGCCCAAGUUUGUGUUGUCUGUGACGUUUUCAGAAAAUGGCGACGUAAUAACUGGAGACUCCAAUGGAAAUAUACUUGUUUGGGGAAAAGGCUGUAACCGUAUUAGCCAUGCUAUUCAGGGUGCACAUGAGGGGAGUGUGUUUGCCCUCUGCAUGCUCCGCAGUGGCACGCUGGUGUCCGGGGGGAAGGACCGACGCCUCGUCUCCUGGGACGCCAACCUCCAGCAGAUACAGGCCAUCGAGGUUCCUGAGCAGUAUGGGCCGGUCCGCACUGUAGCAGAGGGUCGUGGAGAGACGGUCCUCAUCGGGACCACCAGGAACUUUGUGCUGCAGGGCAACCUGGACGGAGAGUUCGUCCCCAUUACACAGGGGCACACGGAUGAGCUGUGGGGAUUGGCCAUCCACCCUCUGAAGCAGCAUUUCCUCACCUGUGGCUAUGACAAGCACGUCUGCCUCUGGGACUCCGCCUCCCAUCAGCCCAUCUGGACCAAGACCAUGGAGGACGCCGUCCAGUCCUCCGGGUUCCACCCCUCCGGUGCCGUGGUUGCCAUAGGAACGCAGACGGGCAGAUGGCUUGUUCUGGACACGGAGACCAAGGAUUUGGUGACGGUUCACACGGACGGGAACGAGCAGCUGUCUGUGAUGCGAUACUCACCUGAUGGUAAUUUCCUGGCCAUCGGCUCUCAUGACAACUACAUCUACAUCUAUGCCGUGGCUGAGAACGGCAAGAAGUACAGCCGCGUUGGCAAGUGCUCCGGUCACUCGAGCUUCAUCACACACCUGGACUGGUCAGUGGACUCUCAGUACCUCGUCUCCAACUCGGGAGACUAUGAGAUACUGUACUGGAUCCCAUCUGUGUGUAAGCAGGUGGUGAGUGUGGAGACCACCCGCGACAUCCCCUGGGCCUCCUACACCUGCACGCUGGGCUUCCACGUCUUCGGUCUGUGGCCUGAGGGUUCGGAUGGCACGGAUAUCAAUGCGGUAUGCAGGUCCCACGAGGGCAGGCUGCUGGUCACCGGGGACGACUUUGGCAAAGUUCACCUCUUCGCCUUCCCCUGCUCACAGUUCAGAGCGCCGAGUCAUGUCUACGGAGGGCACAGCAGCCAUGUGACCAACGUCACCUUCCUCUUCGAUGACAGUCACCUGGUGUCGACGGGCGGAAAGGACAUGAGCAUCAUGCAGUGGCGUGUGGUGUAAAUAAACGCAUCGGAGCCUUCUGCCAAAGCAAGUAGCAACACGAGCAAGAACAAACCCAGGAGGACAACCGGAAGAAAGGGUUCAUGGACUUUUCUAGAAGUUUCUUCAGCGCAUGGGUCAAUGUCAGUGGACAAUGGGGUGGUGGGGGGAUUUUUAAAAAAAAAGACUCUUUGCAGCCUCUGGUGGAUGGUAAAGGUUACAGCAGGCAUUGUCGAUCCUUAUGACGUUUUACCUGUUGUUUGGUUUCUAUUGUUUUGGAUUUCACAACUCAGGAAACCUUGUAGUUGAAGCAAAGCAAAAGUACGCACAGAUCUCUGUGUGGUCGCUGCUUCUGGAACAAAGGCUUCAGAUGCCCUGACACCACCCGGCCUUGAAACACACACACACACACGCAUACACACAAGCGCGCGCGAGCACACACACACACACACACACACACACACACACACACACACACACACACACACACACACACACACACACACACACACACACACACACACACACACACACACACACACACACACACACACACACACGAGAAAAAAAACCUUCAAUUUGGUGCAUCCCAAGCAAAACUGCAAGGGUGGAACUGAAAAAAGUUACAUAGCCUAUUGUGAAAAAUAUUGCAGUACUGCCAUGCCUUUCCACCUUUUCAACAAAUGUUUUUUUCUGUUUUUAAAGUACUGCCUUUUUCAUUCAGGAAUUUGGUCAAAUCAAACACCCUGAGAAGAGGGGUGAGAAAGCGGUUGUUUACGGAAAAUAAAGCCAACACUACCACCCUCUGGCUUCUUUUGGUCUUGCACCUGAGCCUGCAAAAUACUCCUCUGUCCCACACCCAUUCUCUCUGCACAUAAUUAUGUCUUCCCCUUUCUGCCUAAAAAACCUUUAAUGUCCUUUAAUGAGGCGUAAAUCUAUAUUUGAUUACAGUUCAAGCAUGGACUUUUAAGUUGCCAUCCACCAAAUUUGAUAUAUAUCUCGCAUCCACAAAAAAUCUCUGCAGUCUCUCUGCACAUGUAUUUGUAAUUGCCUGCACCUAUUUAAAAACUGUACAUUGACAGCACUGUCUUCUGAUAGACGAAUGCUCGAAAUUUAGAUUAAUUCCACGGGAUGAUGUUUUUUUUUCUGUGUAAAUAGUCAUUUUUAUUGUAUACAAACUUUCACACCUAAAAUUAACAUUUUUUGACUAUAUGCUCUGGAACCUUGAGACUCUCCAAACCUUGAAUAAAUAAUUAAAUUGAAUCAUUUAAAGGCUACAAACUUGCCCUUGCACUAAUGGGAGGUUUCAGUCUCUUCCAACAGUCAUCAAACUGACACUAAUCAUAACAGCAACAAUAUUAAUAAACAGUAAUGCAAAAUAAAUCAAUGUAUCCCUACUGUAAGAAGCAACGUGAUCUUUCCUGCCAAACACGAUCAACAUUUUAAAAGAAAAAACUGCAACUCACAAAGGCGUGUGACUCACAUCACAUGGGUAAUCUUUUUCUGAUGAGGUUGUCUGGUCUAAUCUGUAAAAGCAUGCAUACUGUACAUUUAGUGGCUUUCUCCAUGACAUCACUUUCUUCAGAUUCAUAUUCACAAAUCUAUGAUGCAUAUCAUGCUGUUGUAAGGUUGUUUACUGUUAAAAGAGCUGAGAGGAUUGAUGCUUUCACAGCCUCAGAAAUGACUAUAGUGGGAUGUGAAUGCAUUUUGGUAUGAGAAAGCAGGGGGAAAAUGCUGACUGUGAAUUUGGUGAACCUAGACUAUUUUCUGGGCGAGACGAGAGAUGAUAUGGGACGAUGCACUAGCCUAAUAAUGAUCAUUAACACAAGUCAUUGUGUUUGAUAAUGAAAACAAUAACAUUAAAGUCAUUGAACAUACACUCCAAGCUUUGUUUGCUGCUAUUUUUUUAAUCAAUCAUUUGUUUUGGACUGGGAAUAAAAUAUUGUA